AUGACUUUGCGUUCGGCGUUGGUUUUUGCGCUUGACCUCAACUGCCCUUCGGCCUCGCUGGCGUUGGCGGCGGAGUUUUGCCGGCGCUCAGCAGAGACGACGAUGAUGUUUGCGCCACACGACGAGAUGGCGUUGGUUCUCGCAGGCACCUGUGAUCCACACAACCCGCCACAAAAUGGCCAGAAGGGUGGGGAACGAUUCAAACACAUUUCGGUGCCAUGCGCCCUCGCUGCACCCACGGUAGAAUUUUUAGAGCCAUUGGCGCACAUCACACCACCCCCUCCGCCUUGUGAGCGCCAUGAGGUGGACUUUUUGGAGACACUUUUUGUGUGUGACCAUGUGUUGCGCGAACGGACGGCAAACAAGUGCUACCAGCGCGUUGUGUAUCUGAUAACCGACGCUCAUACUGACGUGGCGCGGAAGGAUGACAUGAAUACGCUUCUCGAAUCUUUUCAGCAGCAUGGUGUAUCUUUGGUCGUCAUCGGCAUUGACUUCACUGAGACGUCAGUCGAUGCUACCGACGACGAAGAGCGUGAUGAUAAGAGUUUGACAGACCUUUCACUCAAGGCCCAGAAUGAGCGUGUUUUGCACGUCAUGUGCUCUUUGCUUGGAGAGGAAAGUAAGGUGGUCUCGUUGGAGGAGGCUCUGCAAGAAGUUCAAGAGCUCCGGCGGCGGAAAAUUACUCAACGCGCACUUUUGAGAGUUGUCCUCAGCAUUGGUGACGUGCGUUUGGCGACCCAGAUGUUCACGAAAACUCAGGAAGAGCGGCUGCCGACUAUGAAGCGUACGACAGCAAAUGGAGAGGAGGUGUAUAUGAAGACCAUCUUUCAGGACCUCAGUGAGGAUGCCGCGCCGUUGCGGAAGGAGGAUCUUUUGAAGGGGUACCACUACGGUCGCAGCCUUGUCCCGUGCGCAAGGGAAGAUGUGGGGGCAAUGAAAAUUAAGGGGCCAAGGGCAAUGGACGCCGUCGGUUUUGUGCCUAUACAGCAAGUCCCUGCGUAUGUGCUUUUGGGUGGAGUGAAGGUGAUUAUGCCGCUUGCCGAUGACAUGGUGGGGGCAAAAGCCUUCCGCAGCAUUGUAAGGGCGAUUGCUGCAGAUAACCGGGCGAUGAUUGUGCGUUUUGUUCGCACACGUGAUGCAGACCCCGUUCUUGGUCUGUGUGUGCCUUCGACCAACGAACGGCGGGAUGUUCUUUUUUUUUCUCCUCUUCCGUAUGCGGAGGAUGUGCGUUUCUUUGAGUUUUCGGAUUACAAGGGCAUGUGGGGCACCAGCAGCGAUGAUGGUGAUGAUGGGGAGGAGGCGAGGCUUUUGGCAGCGAUUGUGGAGGACAUGACUGUGGGCAAGUCGGUGCUGCGGCCCAGAGAAACGUUUAAUCCGGUCAUUCAGCAGUAUUACGCGACGCUGCGUGCCAAGCUGCGCCUUUUUUGCGAUGGCCGAGGGGCAGUGGGAGGAAAAGGGAGUUGUGGGGCUGGCGAAUUGCGGGGGGAAAAAAAUGGGGAGAAAAACACCAAUGGGGAGGUGCUGUUGCCGCUUGUGGGUGCGAUAGAAGCCACUUCGGCCGCGUUCGGCGUGCCGGGGAACCAACUAGAGUCUGUGCUGUCGAGUGUGCGCGAGAAACUAGAGGCGUGCGCUCGCAGCUUUGUUUACGUCUCGAAUAGAGAGAAUUGCGUGGCGGAAGAGCGGCAGCCAUAUCGUUUUUGCUCGCCUGCUGCCUCCCACGACGUCGAUGCAUCAGAUGCUUCCACACGGGCCCCUUCAACCGUUGCGACACCCUGUAUUAUUUCGGGCGCGUCACAAAUCACGACGGUUGACCCGGUCUACUCCUUCAAGGCGAUUGUGCAGGCCCGUGAGGGUGUCAAUGUCCGGCUUGCGAUGGAUAAGCUGGGGGACAUCGUCUUCAAACUUCUUCGUUGCAGCCUGGGGGAUGCACAGUAUGCCAAGUGUACGGAGUGUGUCUUAGUUCUCCGUCAGCACUGUGUUAGGGAGGGGGAGGCGGCUUACUUCAAUGACUUCCUCUUGAAGCUUAUGCUCAUGGCGAGGGAGUUGGAUCACGAAUCAUUUUGGAAAAACGGGAUUAUGGCCCGUGGCAUCGCCCCUAUUACAAAACGGGAGUGUCCCAACAGCACAAUGGACGACGAGGAGGCUGCCCACCGAUUUCUCACACAGGACCGCACCCUUCCCGCUCUUCUUCUGGAAGAUCCCACCGAUGAGGGUGUGCUCAACAUGAUCACGUGA